AGAUCUGGCUCGAGGCCGCGCUGGCCCGAGGCGGACGGUUGGGGCGGUGGCCCUGGCCGCAGGCUGCACGGGCAACGUCUGUGGGGGGGUUCAGGACGUCCCGUCCUGAGCCGGUCCCCCCGUGUCGCUGUCUUCCCAUGGAUCCCGGCGACGAGGGCUGGGCGGACGGCCGCGGCGGCGACACCAGCUUGCGAGGGCGACGUCUGCGGCAUCAUCGAGGCCGACGGCCUCGAGCUGCGGGAGCUGCCCGCCCCGGCGGGGGGCGAGGCCGCCGCCUGGCGCCUCUCGGUGCUGACGGUGCGGGCGCCGCGGCUGCCGGUGGUGGAGGACGAGGACGGGGAUCUCGUCGUCCAGCGCAGCGGACGCCCCGCCGGGGCGGCGCUCCCCGAGCCCACCGCCGGCCUCAGCGCGGAGGGGGAGCCAGCCGAGGCACAGCGGCGGCCCUCCCCGCUGGGGGGGCCCAGACCUGGCGGUGCGCACAGGGG